AUGGCUACCCCUGCCAAUGUGUCCUGCAGACCGCAGUGCCCUGGCGGGGCUGACACCAGCGCUCCAGGGCCGAGCACAACCUACUUCGUGGUGGAGAGUGUGGCAGGGCUGCUGGCCAUCGCAGGCAACGCCUUCAUCUGUGCCGCCAUCCUGCGGGACAGAAAGCUCCGUGCUGUGGUCACCUACCACUUCCUGGCGUCAUUGGCUGCAGCCGAUGCACUGGUGGGGGCCGUGGCCAUCCCCUGCGCCCAGCUGUCGGCCGCAGGACUGCCACAGGGCCAGCCCCGGCUCUGCCUACUCAUGCUGUGCACCCUGCUGGGGCUCACUCAGGCCUCGGUCUUCGGGCUGCUGGGUGUGGCCGUGGAGCGCUACGUGGCCAUCCUGCAGCCCCUGCAGUACCCGGCGGUACUGAGCCCCCGCAAUGCUCGCUGGGGCAUUGCCGCCUCCUGGAGCCUGGCCAUGGCCCUCGGGCUCCUGCCCCUGCUGGGCUGGCACAAGCCUCUGCUGCCUGAUGGGCGCUGCCUCUUCAACGCCAUCAUCGAGGACACCUACAUGGUCUACUUCAACUUCCUGGCCUGCAUGCUGCUGCCACUGGUCGUCAUGCUGGGGCUCUAUGCCCGCAUUUUCCUGGCCGCCCGCCGCCACAUCCGCCAGGUGGCAGUGCGGGGGGUACCCGGGGGCGGGCGGGGCCGGGUGCUGCGCCGGGAGCUGCAUGUGGCGGCCUCGCUCUUCCUGGUGCUGUGCUGUUUUGCACUGUGCUGGCUGCCCCUGCACGUGCUCAACACUAUGACACUAUUCUGCCCCUCCUGCCCCCUCCCUGGUCACCUGGUACUGGCUGCCAUCGCGCUGUCCCAUGCCAACUCGGCCCUCAACCCUGUGCUGUACGUCCUGCGCCUGCGCGCCUUCCGCCAGGCCUUUGAGGCUGCCUUGGCCUGCAGCUGGGCCCCCCCGGGCAGGGCCCUCUCCAUGGGGCUGGUGCCUUCCAGUGGGCAGGGCCUAGGCAGCAGGAAUGACUUGCUGCCUGGGAAGUGA